AACGGCUACUUGGCGUUCGAAUACAAGUUCCUCCUUUUUCAAAUUUUGAACUGAUAAGGAGAAACCACAAAGAGCAGCCUCCCCCUCUAAAAAAACCUAAGGGAAAACCAUCAAGAAAAGGAGCAGCAAAAAUGGAAAACAUUGCGAUUUCGAAGCUGGACCCGGAAACGGAGUUUCUGGCUUCCAAACAAGAAACUGGAAACGAGUGGGAGCUUUUCAAGGAAAACGUCAGGCCCUUAAAGAGAGGUCGCGACGUUCGUCUUCUUAACGACUCCCUCAGAUCCCAAACUGACAAUCAACUCAAAAAACUCCUCGUCCAGAAACGAAGGGAGCUGAUUGAAGCGAUUGACAAGUACGAAGGAGACGAUCCUCUCGAUCCUUGGAUCCAGUGCAUUAAAUGGGUUCAAGAGGCAUUUCCACAAGGGGGAGACUCCUCAGGACUGGUGGUGAUUUACGAACAAUGUGUACGCACUUUUUGGCAUUCAGACCGCUACAAGAAUGACCUUCGCUACCUCAAAGUGUGGUUGGAAUAUGCUGAACACUGUGCUGAUGCAGAAGUUAUAUAUAGUUUUCUUGAUGCCAAUGAUAUUGGAAAUUCACAUGCAAUCUACUACAUAGCAAAUGCUUUGCACAUGGAGUCUAAGUUAAAAAUGAAAGCUUCUGAUGACAUAUUCAACCUAGGGAUACGUAGGAAUGCUCAACCAGUAGAAAAAUUGAAGGAUGCCUACAAGAGAUUUCUUGCACGCUCAAUGAGAAGGCCGAAAGUGGCCCAUUAUGAGGACCCAAAGGAAAAUCAUUCGUCUGCCAGGUCUUUUGGAACUGUUUUAACCACUGGAGAAAAUCGAAGGCAGACCACAGACAUUGUCAAGAAAAGGUCAAGGACAGAUGGCUCUCAGUGAUUAGGAACAUUCAUU